UCGCCGGGAUUGCUGCGGCCGCUUGUGGGUCUGAGCGGCUGGCCGGGGCGGCUCUCCUGCCGCCGAGUGCGCGAUGCCUUGAGCCUGGAAACUAUGUGAAGCAACACUCUUUCUGGAUUUUGAAAGACAUCAUUUCAUCAUGGGACAGCAAAUUUCGGAUCAGACACAGGUGGUUAUUAGCAAGUUACCAGAAAAAGUAGCAAAACACGUCACAUUGGUUCGAGAAAGUGGCUCCUUAACUUAUGAAGAAUUUCUUGGGAGAGUAGCUGAGCUUAAUGAUGUAACCGCUAAAGUGGCUUCUGGCCAGGAAAAACAUCUUCUCUUUGAGGUACAACCUGGAUCUGAUUCUUCUGCCUUUUGGAAAGUGGUUGUACGGGUUGUCUGUACCAAGAUUAAUAAAAGCAGUGGCAUUGUGGAAGCAUCACGGAUCAUGAAUUUGUACCAGUUUAUUCAACUUUAUAAAGAUAUCACAAGUCAGGCAGCAGGAGUAUUAUUAGCACAGAGCUCCACUUCUGAAGAACAUGAUGAAAACUCAUCCUCUGUAACAUCUUGUCAGGCUAGUUUUUGGAUGGGAAGGGUGAAGCAGCUGACCGAUGAAGAAGAGUGUUGUAUCUGUAUGGAUGGACGAGCUGACCUCAUCCUGCCUUGUGCUCACAGCUUUUGUCAGAAGUGUAUUGAUAAAUGGAGUGAUCGACACAGGAAUUGCCCUAUUUGUCGCCUACAGAUGACUGGAGCAAAUGAAUCUUGGGUGGUGUCAGAUGCACCCACUGAAGAUGAUAUGGCUAACUAUAUUCUUAACAUGGCUGAUGAGGCAGGCCAGCCCCACAGGCCAUGACGAUGGGGUGAAGGUCUGUUGCUGUUGUGAGCUGCAAAUACUUUGGUCAUAGGGGAAGAAUGCAGGGUUGUUGUGGCACAGACACAGAGAUAAAUCAAUUUCCCCUGCCUUCUUAUUUUUUCUAUUCCGACAAUUUACCCCAUUUUUUAAAAUAAAUUUUCCAUGUCUUCCAUUUAUGGU